AUGUCUGAAAGAAAGGGUCACACUAGAAUGCACAGCGCCACAUCAUUCAUUGAUGUUACCAAGGGAUAUAACCCAAGAACAUCACUGACGCAAGAACAAAAUGAAAUUUUAAACGAUUUUAUCAAGAAAAUCGAUUAUGAUAGUUUAACCGAUAGAGAACGUAAAUAUCUUGAUGAACCAUCACUUUUACGUUUCCUCAGAGCAAGAGACUAUGAUUUAAACAAGGCAGAAAAGUUAAUGAACAGCUGUCUUGAAUGGAGAAGAACAUUUAAACCAGAUGAAAUUACUGCCAAAGAAUUGGAAGAUGAAUCAUCAUCAGGAAAACUCUUCCAAAGAGGAUUUGAUAAGAAUAAUAGACCAAUUAUAUACAUGUUCCCUGCUAGAGAAAAUUCUACUGACUAUGAAAAGAAUAUUAAAUUAUUGGUAUAUACUAUGGAAAGAGCAGUUGAUGCAAUGCCAGAAGGUGUUGAACAAAUGACUUGGAUCAUUGACUUUAACGGCUAUACUACAAGAAACGCUCCACCAUUUUCUGUUGCCAAACAAACUUUAAGCAUUUUGAACGAAUGUUACCCAGAAAGACUUGGUGCUUGUUUUAUGGUUGAUACACCUUUCAUCUUUAAUAUUUUCUGGAGAGCAAUUUCUCCAUUCAUUAAUCCAGUUACAAAGAAUAAGAUUCACUUUGUGAAUGGUAAGGAAAGCGAAAAGGCCAAGAUUUUUGGAAAACACAUUGAUCUUGCACAAAUUGAUACAACUUGGGGUGGUACUUCAACAUUUGUCUUUGAACAUUCAGACUUUUGGGGUAACGUCAUGGAACUUGAUAAGCACAGACUCAAGAGAUUGGGCAUUACUCAAGAUGCUCCUGUUGUAGAAGAGAAAAAGUUUGAAAAUACUAACAAUACCGAAGGUGCUAAGGCAAUUACCAAUUAAUGUUUGCGAAUUGACCAAUUUUGUCCCUUAAUCUUCCUCCCCUAAUGUAAAUAACCUCACUCUCACUGCAGUGAUUAUUGCCUCUUUCCUCCACUAUCAUUUUCCCUCCCACAACAAAUACAAUUCCAUCCAAUAAAAAAUGGAAUUACUUC